GGGCUGAUCCCGAGCCCGGCGCACAGCGCCCACUGUAGCCUCUACCGGACGCGGACCUUGCAGGCGCUCAGCUCGGAGAAGAAGGCCCGGAAAGCCCGCUUCUACCGCAACGGGGACAGGUACUUCAAGGGUUUGGUGUACGCUAUCUCCAGUGACCGCUUCCGCUCCUUCGACGCCCUCCUGGUCGAGCUCACCCGGUCUCUGUCGGACAACGUGAACCUGCCGCAGGGUGUCCGCACCAUCUACACCAUCGAUGGCAGCAAGAAACUCACCAGUCUGGAUGAGCUGGUGGAAGGUGAAAGUUAUGUAUGUGCAUCUAACGAACCGUAUCGCAAAGUUGAUUACACCAAGAAUGUCAAUCCAAACUGGUGUGUGAACAUAAGGACUGGGUCCACUCGAUCCUUGACAUCUUUGACAUCCACAAAGAGUGAAGUGAAGGAGAGUAAAGACUUCAUUAAACCCAAAUUAGUGACUGUUAUUAGGAGUGGAGUAAAACCACGGAAAGCUGUGAGAAUUCUGCUGAAUAAGAAGACUGCUCACUCCUUCGAACAGGUCUUGACUGACAUCACAGAAGCCAUUAAGUUAGAUUCGGGUGUAGUCAAGAGACUUUGUACACUGGAUGGAAAGCAGGUGACAUGCUUGCAGGACUUCUUUGGAGAUGAUGACGUCUUCAUUGCAUGUGGGCCUGAGAAAUACCGGUAUGCUCAGGAUGACUUCGUGUUGGAUCACAGCGAGUGCCGUGUCAUGAAGUCCUCUUAUUCCCGAUCAUCUGGUAUGAGGCAUACUGGGUCCAAAAGCCCAGGACCUUCACACCGAAGCAAAUCACCUGCCUCAGUAAAGAGGGGUGGCCACUACUCCAGUGCUUAUGCUUCAGCAAAAUCCCCAGUUAAUGGAACGCCAAGCAGUCAAUUAUCCACCCCAAAAUCUACGAAGUCCUCCAGUUCUUCACCAACAAGCCCAGGCAGCUUUCGUGGACUCAAGAUCCCUCCACAUGGUGGAUCUUCUUCCAAUGUGAAUGGUGUACCUGAAUCACUCCAUUGCCAGAGCCCUGAAGGUGUGAAUGGAAGCAAGUGCUCAGGGUCAUCUACCAUUCUUGAGAAGUAUAAAGUGGGAAAGGUGAUUGGUGAUGGCAAUUUUGCUGUUGUAAAGGAGUGCGUAGAACGAUCCACAGGAAAGGAGUUUGCACUGAAGAUCAUAGACAAGGCUAAAUGCUGUGGAAAGGAACACCUGAUUGAAAAUGAAGUGUCUAUUCUGCGUCGAGUGAAGCAUCCAAAUAUCAUUAUGCUUAUAGAGGAAAUGGACACCCCAACAGAACUCUAUCUGGUGAUGGAGCUGGUCAAGGGAGGAGAUCUAUUUGAUGCUAUCACAUCUUCUACAAAAUAUACAGAGCGAGAUGGGAGUGCAAUGGUCUACAAUCUAGCCAGUGCGCUCAAAUACCUUCAUGGUCUCAACAUUGUGCACAGAGACAUCAAGCCAGAAAAUCUCUUGGUAUGUGAAUAUCCAGAUGGAACCAAGUCUUUGAAGCUAGGAGACUUUGGACUGGCAACUGUGGUUGAAGGACCUUUAUAUACUGUCUGUGGUACACCCACAUAUGUGGCUCCAGAAAUCAUUGCAGAGACAGGGUAUGGCUUAAAGGUGGAUAUUUGGGCUGCAGGUGUGAUCACAUACAUAUUAUUAUGUGGAUUUCCACCUUUUCGCAGUGAAAACAACCUUCAGGAAGACCUCUUUGAUCAGAUACUUGUUGGGAAGCUGGAAUUUCCUUCUCCCUACUGGGAUAACAUCACUGAUUCAGCCAAGGAGUUAAUUAGCCUGAUGUUACAUGUGAAUGCUGAAGCCCGAUACACAGCAGCACAGAUCCUAAGCCAUCCCUGGGUGUCAGAUGAUGCUUCCCAGGAGAAUAAUAUGCAAGCUGAAGUAACAGGUAAACUGAAGCAGCACUUUAAUAACAGCCUACCCAAGCAAAAUAACACAUCUGCUGGGGUUUCUGUCAUCAUGAACACAGCUCUAGAUAAAGAGAGUCAGAUUUUCUGCAGCAAGCGCUGUCAGGACUCUGGUAGAGCUGGAAUGGAGCAAAUUUCUGCAAUUACUGCUGCAGCUGAUGAUCCUCGUGUGGCUGGGUCCAAGACCCUCUUCCCUGCUGCUUCUGAGCCGCUCGGAUGCCCCACGCUCCCUGCCUCAGUGUCUCCCUGAGGCUGGGGAUCAGCCUGGUGCGUAGGACUGAUGAAACCAAAUCUAACUGAAGCUCCCUGCACUCCCGCCACCAUUUCUCUUCAUUUCACGCGACGGUUUGUUUUCAGUUUGCGUGCACCCUCUCGUGGCGAGCCCAAGGCAGGCUCUGUCACGGGAGACUGAUCUUCUAAUCGUGGGUGAGUGAACGUGCAUUUUGAGUGCUCUUUGCCCUUGUCCCGAGAGCAGCAGUAAGGGAAGGAUUCUGGCAACAUUAGAUGAUUUUUAAGUUAUCUGUGUUAGUUUCAUUAACUGCAUUUCACACAGUCUUGGGCUCUAAAUAGACUAACUUAUUGUGUAGCUAACCAUAUUUUUGUAAGAGCAGUGAGAUGAUGGACAGUUAUCUGGCCUCACCUCUACAAGCCGGCCCUAUUCUGUUUGUCUGAUGAGGAUUCUCAAAAAAGUAGGAGAGAAAGA